AUGGAGAAGUAUAUUAUUCGACUUCCUCCUCCAUGUAGGAGUGAAAUUAUCGAGGAUACCGACACUUCGGCUCAGACUGAGGCUCUGGGAGAAAGUAACAAGGACUUCUUCGAUGAAGAUAAGCCAACAUGGACUCCCAAAGGCCAUAGAGAAGUCUUCAUUCAAGACCUGGCAGUCGGUCCUCGUCGAGUGACUUUCAUCGCUAGAGUGGUGAAUAUAUAUGAUUUAAAGAAUCGGUUUGCAUCCAACGAUAGCACUGGUGAGAAGCGGCCUGCAACAGGAUGCUUGAAACUCUUAGUCAGGGACUGGAGUGGGAUAAUACAGGUUCUUCUUUGGUAUCUAGAUGUUGAGUAUGAAAUCAACUUAGGCACCCUAUUGACGAUUUGGAUCACACAUGUUUCUCAUGCCAACCCGCAGCCAAAAACAGGGGCCAAAUUGCUCAAGACGAGCAUUUUCCCUGAAAAGGAUCAAGCCUGCCACGUCCAUGUUAUAGAAAACGACCUUGGCACCGUUGCUUGUGUGCCAAUAGGAUAUGACAGUAGCGCAAGAGAGAAGUUGAAGGGUAUUGUAAAGCUGCGCAAUAUUACGGAGGCAGUAGAAGGAGAGGCGAGAAUGCUAGUGUGGGUGAAGGCAGUGGUGACUCGGCCGCAGAAAAAGGGGGAGAUUGUUGAAGAACGAAAUGUUGGUAUUGCGGACGAUACGGGCGAAGCAGUACUCUAUCUAAGCGGGCGCAUUCUACACUCUGCACAAAACUGGAUGCCGAACGUGACCGUACUCCUUCUAAGCAAUGUGACCUGGAAAUCAAACGGGACCCGAGCAUAUAUUUCUGCUUACAGUCAGGUCGAAAUCAAUCCAGAUAUGGAGGAGGCCGAAUGGCUCAGAAGGCAUGCCAAGAGAGUGUCGGCGUACAUUAAUGAAGAUGUACCUCAGAAUGGUAAGGAGAAAUGCGUCUAG